AUGCUGUUCGAGCUGAGCCGCGACAUUUAUCGGACGAUAAAAAUCGACGCCCAGAACAAUAUCGGCGACACACCGCUGCACUCGGUUCUGCGCUUCGACAACUCGAGGCUGGUCGAGUGGCUGCUGAGAAAGGGGGCCAGUUCGAAUCUAGCCAACGCCUGGGGCCAGACUCCUCUGCACGUCAUUUGCAAUAGGCAGUACACGGCCGACGACUUGGCGGAGUUGUUCUUCAUGACCAGCGAAGAGAUUCGACGGCCGGUACAGGUCAACGCCCAGACCAAGUUGGGCGACAGCCCGUUGCACUUGGCCCUGGACAAGGGCCACAAGAGGCUGGCCGAGUCGCUGCUGAGACGAGGCGCCGACCGACUGCGAUAA